AUGUCGGCUAUUGGUAGUCUAGUCUUCUGCACUGACUGCGGAAACCUCCUCGACGGAUCUGCCGGCAAACAAAAUGUCAUCCUGACCUGCGCGGCAUGUGGAGCGCAAUGUAAAGACACAUCAUCCAAGACGGUCGUUACAGUUUCUAAGCCUACCGCCUUUCCGUCGUCGUUGCGGGCAAAGAGGUCUGAGGUGCAGACCAUUUCCGAAGCCGAUGUCCAAACCAGCAGUAUCAUCAACCAUCCAUGCGAAAAAUGUGGAAGAGAGGAGGUGCGAUACUACACGCAGCAACUGCGGAGUGCAGAUGAAGGAAGCACCGUCUUCUACGAGUGCGACUGCGGUCACAAGUGGAAUACCAACAACUGA